UCACUUUCCAAGCAUGAAGAGUCCAAAAACAGAGUUGACGAAACAGUAUUGGCAAACCCUUCAGUCAAUGAAAUGGAUAGGCAUAUCCUUGUCAGGGAUAGCAGCUUUGUUCCUGCAGAUUCUGUGGCUUUUUGUAGUAAAGAGGAAUGCCACCAAGAUGGUCGCUGUGAAUGUGAUGACUUCCAAAAUACAGCUAAGCCUGAAGAUGGGAGGUCCAUUACAAGCCAAGUUUCUCACUGCAAUGGCGAGUCAAGUUUCUCAACUGUAGGCGUAUCUAGUCAUAUAUGUUACUCGGGACCCGUACCCUUUUCCGGCAGCAUUUCGCUUCAAUCGGAUAGCAACGCAACUAGCACACGUUCCUUUGCCUUUCCCAUACUGCAAAAUGAAUGGGAUAGCAGCCCAGUCAGAAUGGCGAAAGCCGACAGAAGACAUCACCGAAGGCAUAGGAGUUGGAAGGAGGGCCUUCUUUGCUGUAGAUUCUGAACAAUUCUCUCUUUUUCCAGGUUUAGGAUCAUGAGAUGUAUAAUAUCAUUGAAACUCAU